ACAUACAAUUCCGAAUUAUUUCUUUAAAGAUUGAAUGUUCUCAACUUUCAAUAAUUGCUAACACCCUGAGCAAUGGCUUCAUCCUCUUCUAGGCUUUCACCAGUAAACUCCUACGCAUAUGCUUUCCUUAUACUUAUAACUUCCACCAAAAAUGCUACCGGAUGCUACACAUCCCUCUUCGGCUUCGGUGAUUCACUCACUGACACCGGAAACCUAGUUAAAAUCGACCCACCCGACCAUCCUCCCCACGAGGCCUUUCCACCCUAUGGAGAAACCUUCUUCCAUGUUCCCACUGGCCGUAGCUCCGACGGUCGUCUCAUUAUUGAUUUUAUUGCUGAAUAUUAUGGACUUCCACUGGUACCACCAUACGUUGAAUGGAAGAAUGAAAAAAGAGCAAAUUUUCGUCAGGGUGUGAAUUUUGCAGUUAUAGGUGCUCCUGCACUGGAUAUAGCAUUCUAUGAAGAAAGAGGAAUCCACAAUCCUGUCACAAAUGAAUCUCUCAAAGUUCAGUUGGUUUGGUUCAAAGAAAUAUUGCCAUCUCUCUGCCAUUCAUCCUCAAGUAAGUCAAAGUUAAGGACCCACAAUAUUUGGAUUAUUUAAGUACAUCAUGACAGUUACUGUGUUAGUGCCAGUGUUACAUGCAAAAUAUUUUGUAGCAUUCUCUAAAUACAAGCAAUUUCGGACCCAUGAUAUUGGACUAUGGCGUGUUUGGUAGGGAUGAUAAAAAUAUAGUAGGAUGAAAAAAAUGAGUGAUAUUUUUUAUGAAUCCUUAUUUUACUCUUUUUUGUGUUUGAUAAGGAUGGAAAAUGAAAAGA